CCCACCCUCCUCACCCUCACCCCCACCACCCCCAUCUUUCUCUCUCUGAUCUAUUUCCAACUUCUUUCUUCCUUUCUUUCACAAACUCAAAACCAUAUAGAAUAAAAAGGGCAGAUCCAAGGUGGGUUCUUAAUCUGUCAACCAUCAAUCAAUCAAUCAGUCAAUCAGUCAUAGAGAGAGAGAGAGAAAGAGCAUCCAAUCAGUGUGUUUUUCUUAAAACAAAAACCCUAGAAAAAUCAAACCAUGUCCUCCUCUUCUACCUUGUCAUUGGACCACCUCCCUCCUUCCGAGCAGCUCUGCUAUGUCCAUUGCAACAUCUGCGACACCGUCCUCGCGGUGAGUGUUCCUUGCACCAGCUUGUUCAAGACUGUCACAGUUCGAUGCGGCCACUGCACCAAUCUCUUGCCCUUGAACAUGCGAGGCUUGCUUCUUUCUUCACCCAAUCAGCUUCACCAGCUGGGUCACUCUUUCUUCUCUCCUUCCCAUAAUCUUUUGGGAGAGAUCCCAAACCCUAGCCAGAACUUCUUGAUCAACCAGAUGAACCAGUCUGAGUUUGGCAUACCAACCAGAGGAGGAGUUGAUGAGCUUCCAAGGCCUCCAGUCACCAACAGACCUCCGGAGAAGAGACAGAGAGUCCCCUCUGCCUACAACCGCUUCAUCAAGGAAGAGAUCCAACGCAUCAAAGCAGGAAAUCCCGAUAUUAGCCACAGAGAGGCCUUCAGUGCUGCUGCCAAGAAUUGGGCCCAUUUUCCGCACAUCCACUUCGGUCUCAUGCCUGAUAAUCAGACGGUGAAGAAGAACACCGGUCGCCAGCAGCAGGAAGGGGAAGAUGUGCUCAUUAAAGAUGGCUUCUUUGCUUCAGCUAAUGUGGGUUUCUCUCCUUACUGAUAAUUAAUGGAGCUCUCCCUCUCUCUCUCUCUCCAAAAGCUCUGAUUUGUAAUGGUGGAGAAAAGUUUUAAGGUUCGGAUGGAAGUCGAGCCUGGAACAACUUCAGAUGUGAUCUUUUGCUAUGUUUAUACUUUGCUUGCAUGUACUCCUGAAUCCUUCUAAGUGUAGUUUUACUUGGAAAACCUAAAUCUUUUACGUUUCAUGCUU